AUGACUGCAUGUCGCAUAUCAACGUGUUCGAAUGAAGCGUGCGGUGAAAAUGAUAAGAAAGAUGAUGAAUCGAGAAUUAAAACUCCAUACCACAAACCUUCGAUUUUUACACCGCCCCUUUCCUUGUGCGACAGAAUAAAACUUCUGAAGAGGAAGUGCGUUAGAGCAAUAAAUAUUGUUUAUGCGGCUUCAAGGAAGAUUUACUACAAUGAUCGAUUCACAUGGCAACUGUUAAAAAGUUCAAUUUUAUUCGUUUUGGGUAUGAAAGUCUUUUACGACAUUUAUAGAAUGGACUGGACAGAAAUAAUAAGAGUCAUGAAUCUACUAGUCAUGUUCCGCAUAGUGGUAGAAAUAAUAAAAGACGAUUUCUAUGAAUAA